UGUGUUGCGUUGUGUUGUUCUGUAUUGUGCUGUUGUGACUUCCUUGUUGCUGUCACCACCCUCCGCCACACGGUGUCGCUGCUGCGCGCGCACACACGCGGACUCGGACGCGGAGCCGCUUCCGGUUGCCCCGACAGGUGAACAUGGCGGGCUAAAACAAACGGUCAGUUGGAGGGAGGAAAAGCGGCGGGUUGAUAUUUGUACAACGAGAAAGAAAGAAAAUGUUUGUACAACAAGUGAAGACGGCGGACAUGGUGACUGUGGAGCUGAGGCUGAUGCUAACCGGCUAACGACGGAGGGAGCUAACCGACAAGCUAACGUUAGCUCAGCCGUUACCGAACUGAGCUGCUAACGGUCGCUGCAGGAGUCCGAACACCAGCCUGGACUCGGGACUUCAUCAUUUGGCGGUUUAAUCGUGUCGGGAUUUGGAUUUUUCUUCAGGAGGGAGACGAACAAACGUGUUUUGAUUGAGGCGCAGGGGAGAAGCCGGGGAAGGUCUUGUGGCUGCCAGCGCUCUGGUUCUUCUUGGUGGAGAGGUCCAGGACGCCAUCUGAGGGAAAAAUCACACAGAGAAACAGACAUUGAGGAAGUCUUGGGCCUGUCUCUCCAGCCGGCUGAUCCGAGACUGCUCCUGUUUGAAGUCUUCACAAUCCGACAGCACCUGGCUGCCUCCACCGUUCUCUCCGCUGUGCUCCUGCAGAGACGGACACACGGACGUAAAUGCCUCGUCCGUCAUGUGUCCUCGCAGGGUUUGUUGUGUGUAAGCAACACACCUCGCUGAACACUCCCUCCUCCCGUCCUCCCCCUCACCGCCUCCCUCCCUCCCUGCCUGCCUCUCUUUGUGGAACUACUUUUCCCAGGGUGCACCUGUAGGCAGCAAGCUUGGCACAAUGCCAUGCCCAGCAGCUUCCUCCUCCUCUGAUGGACCACAGGACUCUGGGAUCAUCUGCCUCUCCUGGUUCUUCACAUACUGACCGGUCCGGACCGUCACACCCUGGACUCUACUGGAUCGUGGCUCUCCUCUGCUUCACUUUAUCCUUAUAUCUGUUUCUGUAGAAUCUGACUUUUCUUCACUCUGACUUUUUUCUCUUGUUACUGCUCAUUAUCUCGUGUGGCCCGGCCGUCUUCUUCCCGGCCACGACUGCCUCGUUCCGCUCAGUCGUCCUCCUGGAUCCAAACCCUUUAUAUAUAAUAAUUAGUCAAUCCGAAUCAUAAACUGUGAUUUGGUUCUGUUCUGUUCUGCAGCAUCUAUCACAUGUCUGUCUGUCCUGGCAGAGGGCUCCUCCUCUGUGGCUCUCCCUCCUCCAUCUUCUUUUUGUUUUUCUGAACAUGGAAAUUUUCUCCUUGAUCAAAUCGAGAGUCUGAGCACAGAGGAGGUGUUUCACUGUGCAGACUCUAAAGCCCGCUGAGGCAAUGUGAUAGUGAUUUCGGGCUUUAUAAAGCGUGUUAAAGUUUUGUUUCCCAUCAUUCAGACGUUUAUUCAGCAUCUUCUUGCUGACAGGAAUGAAACUCUGAUACUGAAUCCUGCUGCAAAACUUCUGGGACUUUUCACAAAGUACAAGAUACAUUCCCAUAGUGACUAAAACCACUAAAACCACAUGAUCCCAGCUGUCAAAAUACACUUUAAUAAUGGAAAGGUUGUUUUAUUAUGUUGGGAAAAGUAGGCUUACAUAACAGUGCACACAGCACAGAGCAGAGAGGUGGAGGUGACGUGUGCUCGAGGACUGUCUUCAUCUUAUCAAACUCAAGACAAGCUUGAAGAUAACUGGACGGUUAAUGAGCUGCUCUCUGUCCCCGUCCAAUAAGCAAACAGAUAAAUAAAUAAACAAACAAACAUCGAUUUGAAUUAUUUUUAAUGAACCAAGCAAACCUCAGCUGUGAGAUCCUGCUGGCUUCCAUCCAAAAUGUUUCUUUAUUCAUUCUCCAUAUCAUCAGUAUAAGAUAAAUAACAUUAAAUAACAUAACAUACAUCACAUAUCAAAACAACACACACACACACACACCACAAAACUUGACACAACAACAAAAACAACAAAACACAAGAACAGAAUCAGUUUUCCUUUAUCGUCCCACAAACGGUGACAGAAGCCUCAUAAAAUACACUAACAAUAGAAAAAAUAAACAAUAUAAGUAAGAGGUAAGAUAUCGAACAGGCUCGUAUAUACAUAUGAACAUAAUGUUGUAUAAAGUUAACAUGUAAGACAAAAUCUGUAACAUAAAACACAACAUAAAUAAAAGGAAACCAGUGACAUGACGAGACAUAAUGAACCUUUCAUUUGACAUCCUACAGAAUAAAAAGAGUAAAAACACAGAUAAAAUAAUAUAAUAUAAAUUACAUACAUUAAUAAUUAGAUAAUUGUACCAUCAUAAGUCAUCAUAUCACUUUCACUGUGAAGCUUACUAACAAGUUUGAUAAGAAACAUGGAGUUUAAUGUUGAUCUACUGGCUAAAUCUUGAUUUUUUUUUUCUUUCUUUCUGUCUUUUAGCUUCACACUGAAUUAAAUCCGUAUUGGCUUUAAAUCCAUUCCAUCUCAUCGAACCGAGCCAGGCAGAACAAUAAAUCAAGCUCCAUAAAAGUGGCCCGAACGCGGGUCUAAUCACCAGAUUGAAACAUGAAAUGACACGGUGUCAUUAACAGGAAGCUCUGCUGCCUCUUUACAGUCCUGCAGGGGCGGCGGGCAGCACGUAAAAAAAAAAAAGAAAGAAAGAAAAAAGAAAAAGAAAAGGAGGCAAGGGCAAACGUUUUUAACGGGAGGAGCACUCCGGCUAAUGAAGUCGUUGAACCCGUUGCCCUCGACAAAGAUGUCUCCCGCGGAGGGGCUGGACGAAGCGGCCAAUGGGAGAGCGCCUUGAGACGGAGUGGAGGAGCGGCAGCCAAUCACGUCGCGGCACCUUGGAGAGACGCUGAGGCAGCUAGCAUAAACGGGAGAAGAGGAAAAAAAAAAAGCUAAAUAGUCGCUGAGAGGAGCAGAAAUCCUCCAACUGCCGCGUUGUUUUCAGUGAUGUAGAGACAAAGGACCGAGUUUCUGUGUGUUUAAACAGGACCCAUGACCCUGACACGAGGUUCCUUCAGCUACUCCAAUGGCGAGGAGUACCACGGCGAAUGGAAAGAAGGCAAGACCGACCUGCAACACUCACCUGUCCAUCCUCCAUCCACUUGGCCACAAUUGCAUGCAUGGCUUUUAAUGUCAUUAUCACAACAACGCAUCCACACGGAGGCUCGUUGGUGGCAGGCUGACACAGCAGCGGCCCGUCGCCCCACGCUACAGGCCGGGAUCCCCAGUGAUGAGGCCCUUGUCUCCUGUAUCCAGCGGAGGUGUUUCUCAGAGAUGACUGAAGAAAUUAGUCCAGUAAUGAAGCUCACGCAGCUCGUGUGUUGGCUGUCGGGGCCAGACAGGAUUUCUUGGCAGCGUGUUGAUUCUUUGCAGCCCAGUUUCCAGGAUUUAAUGUUAGCAGGUCUGCGUCAUGGCCUGGGUCAGCUGACCUUCAGCGACGGGACCUGCUACACCGGACAGUUUGAGAACGGCCUCUUCAACGGCUGUGGGAUGCUGGUCUUCCCCGAUGGCUCCAGGUACGAAGGUGAAUUUGUUCAGGGCAAAUUUCAAGGCGUCGGCGUCUUCACUCGCUUCGACAAGAUGAGGUUCGAGGGCGAGUUUAAAGGUGGCUGUGUGGACGGCUACGAAUACGUCACAUCUGAUCCAGGAGUGCUGACGUUUUCUGACGGCGGCCCCGGCGGCGGGGGCAGCAGCCACGAGGGCCUGUUCGAGACCAACCAGCUGAUGAGGAGGGAGAACAGCCAGGGAGCCGUGCAGAGAGCGCAGGCGGCCGCCGCCCAGGCCCGAGCUCUGGCCAUGUGACACCCGGACUCCAUCACCCACAAUGCCCCAGUACCGGGAUCGUCCUCCUCCCACCGUCAUCCUCUCGGUUUGAACAGCUGAUUAUGUUUUUCACGACCACGUUCAUCUCCAGUUUUAGGUUUUGCACUUGUUGUUUUUCUUUCUUAUUUUAUGUCUCAUACGUUCGGUAUUCUCUGGAGUAGAAAACAGCCGAUACGUGUUCGUUGUGUGUGUGUGUGUGUUUGUGUGUGUGUGUGUGUAUAUAAUUUUCUUUCUCCACAUCUGAUCAGAAGCCACUGAUUCAGGAUCAGCCGAGCCAAACAAAAGAUUCUCUGUUCAGUCGACACACUGGUGCUAAAUCUGCUUCAGGCUCAGAGAACCUGACAAAACACAACUCUGGAUUCAAAAGUGCGUAUUAGUCGUCCUCCAGUGAAACUGGGCUGAAUGUGGUUAAAACGUUUAGAUGGAAUCUGAGUCUUUGUGUUUUAAUCUGCAUUAAAAUCCCUGAUUGAAUCACUUAUUGACGCUAAUUAGUUUCGGUGUUUCCAACUUUUGAAAGCAAUCAAAAUUCUAAACUACUAGAACUCCAGCAGCCAAUUUAGAUCUGUAAUUAUCUUUCAUUGCCGGAGAAGGAAGAACUUCUUUUUUUUUUAGUGGCUGUCUAAUUAAUCUUAACAAACAACCUGAGAAUGAGAUGAGCUGCAGAAGAAGAGAAACAUGUCAGACACGUAGAAAUAACAGCUCCGCCUGACUUCACUUCCACACUUUGUCAUUAGCAAGUUACUUUCUGCAAAACUCGACGCACAUAUUACGAAGUUGAUAAGCUUAAACUGUUGAUGUAACGUGGUGAAAAAGAUUGAGACUUCUGAAACUGAAGUGAGGAAAUCUUCGACUUCCCAAUAAUCUCUGAGGCAGUUUCGCAGGAGGAACUAUGUCAUGUGGUACUAAUUAUAACGAACGCAGACAAAGUGUGGAAUUGGUACACCUUCAGUUAAUUAAUUCCAAUUAACUCUUAAUUUUCCUGAUCUGAUUUUAGGGUCUAAGGUCAGAGGGCGUGUCUUAAGGCUGUACAGACUCUGUGAGGGAAAAUUAAUAAUUUGUGAUUUUGAGCCACAUAAUUACUUUUUUGUCAGCUGAGCACGAGAAACUAAAAAUGUGUCCACUAGAAAUCAUCAAAUAUGUCAAAUAGAAUUAAAAAAUCUUAAUUGACUGAUGAAAAGUAUAACUGAGCAAUCACCAGCAGCUUACUUAAUAAACUAAUUCAACUCUAAAUUACAGAAAUAAAAGAUUUUUGCUUAUAAAUACUGUGAAGUAUCCAAAUGUACACAGCCCACACUGACAAUCUGUGCCUUUUUAAACGAGCCAUCCGGACGCCUGUAAGUGGGCGGUGCCUUCUCGAGCCUGUGAGAGCUGACCAAUCAGGGUGGACUGUGCCCUUAAAGAGACAGGCACUAAAACAGAGCGUUCAGACAGAGGGUGAAACUAGGUGCUGCAGCAAAAAUAAUGUGUGUUUUUUUUUUUGAACGUCAAAACAUUUUCAAGUACAUGAAAUAAAAGUAUGAACCUGAAAAUGACCACAUUUCACCCAGUUUUAACUUUGAAAUAUACUUUAACCUGCAGACAUCCAGAUCAGUGCUUUACUGGGUUUCCUGCUUUUCCUGUGGCUCUGACAUCCGACGUUUUAUUGGUGCUCUCGUAUUUAAAUACAGAUUGUUUACUAUAAGUUCUCUUCAGGAAGUCGGUCUGGGCUGAAGUCAGUGUGAACAGUAUCUUUGUGUUGUUAUUCUUUCACUCAGUGCCGUUAGUCUGAUCACAGAUCAGCGGGAACAUCCCCCCUCAGUGCCAACCACACAGUGCCAACAGGCUGCGGCUGAUCCAGAGUCAGUGGCUCGUCAUGACAGAGGAAGUUGAAGGGGGUGUAGAGGAAAUGCCUGCAGUGUCCAGGGUACAGUAAUGAGUGCAAUUUCUGUUUUGGAGGUGCAAUUUGAUAAUAACGUGCAAUUUCUGCCUGAAAGCAAGAUUCCCCUUCCUGCAGGUUUUUUUUUUUUUUUUUUACAUUUUGAGAUGAGGAGCUUUUGUCUGUGAAAGAGGCUUUGUGGGUCAAAGGGAGGCUCGUCUGAUGAAGCACAGGCUGGGUGUCGAAUGACUCUGAGAACUGGAAGGCUUUCAUUCCACAAAUACAUGAAAAGGACCAUUUUUUUAAAGUGAAAUCCGAUAUUUUUACCAUUAUUUCAGGAUUCCAUUAUAUGCUUUACCUUUUAAUUACCAAAACAAGACCCAAUGAUGAUCAUUUCAAAUGUUUCUUUUCUUGUGUUUUUGAAAUGAAGCUUCUUCCUUCCCCGGGGAGGCAAGAAAAAGAAAAAACACCUUCCUCUGUUUUUUUUUCCAGUUUUUUUUGUUUUCUUCUCUACUUUUCACAUUAAUGAUGUCACUGUCAGUGUUUAGUGUUUGUGUACAAAUCACCAAAAAUCCUGUCAGAGGAAGGAAAAAAAAAAAAAAAAGGUGUCAGCAUCACUGUUGUGAACUUAAAGCUCGUGACUUAGCUCAAACUAACACAUAUUUCAUACGUGCGUCGUGUCUGCUGGGAAUCAGCGUCCGUCUGUGUAAUGAGACUGGUGUGUAGACGUGCCGUGUGUGUGUGUGCGUGUGUGUGUAGUCAUACUGUGGGGUUGGUGGGUGGGUGAGAUAUUAAAUGGGAAAUGGAGUUAAUUGUCGGUUAUGUGAUUAUCUCGGAGUGCGAUUAAUUUAGGAUGUGGUUUGAGGGGCUGAUGUCUUCCCCACUGACCAAUUUGACAGCGACAUUGGAAAACAGCCGGACUGAUGGAGGCAUCUCACACCUUUUAAUUGGCUCUGGGUAUUCGAGCAGCGGCGCCGUUAAAUGGAGCUGACUGUUGCCUUUAGCGGAGGUGGUUUUCAGUCUUAAACGAUCUGUCAGUCUUGGACACUGUGUGUUGUUAAUAGGCAAAAACCUUGUGACUUUGUUGUGUUUUUUUUAGCACAUUGUUUUCCGUAUUGAUCCCACGUUCGUUCACAGUUUUGAGAUAAAAAAAAAACCUUUAGGGAUCACCAAACCCUUUAAAUCGCACCUUAAAAAUCUCAACUUGAAAAGUUGCCGUUUGAUAUUAACACAGAAAUGUUUCCACUCAACAGCGAGCAACACUGUCGAUACUUUUGAUUUCAUGUUUCACUGUGAUGAGUCUCCAGGAUAAAGAGGUCGCGGCCGAAAUCCACCUUAGAACAGAAUUCACUGAUUUCUUUCCACCUCAGACCAAAACUCAGAGAGAAAGCCGAGAGUUUUCUGCAGAAUCUAAAUAUUGAGACACUUUAUUAAUCAGCUCUGUGGACUAAAGUAAGAGAAACGCUUGAAUACUAAUGGGGUUUAGCUUGUUUUCUGCAAAACAUUUAUCUUAAAACGUGUUUUUAAGGAACAGUUUGCUGCCAAAUUAAGAUGUCCUCAACUCGUCUAAGAUGUUAGCUUAAAGGAACAGUUCCAGAUUUUUGGAAGUACACUUAUUUGCUACGAUUGUACUAGACUAGAUGUUCUUAGAGAAUACAUGAAGCUGUAGCCAGCAGAGCGUCAGUUUAACUUAAUUAGCAUAAAAAAAGAGUAAACAGUAUCGUAGGAUAGCCUCGCUGUCUGCAGACAAAACGUUCCAGGCAGGCAAGAUGUUUCCUCCUUCUUCCAUUUUUCAUGCUAAACUAAGAUAUCAUUAGUGCCUGCUGUGAUAAUAAUUUUCUCAUUUAACUCUAAAAAAAGUGUAUUUUACAAAAAUAACGAGCUAAAUCAGUCGAUUGUUUCCACCUCGUUUAUGUUUCGUUUCCAUGAUUACGGACAUCGCUAACAUGAGAGAGAGGCUAAUUUUCUCUGUUUUUAGAUGCACAUGGAGCAUUGUUAAGACAAACACAGGACCAAUAAUGCAGGCGGCACAUAAAUAUUUUAUUUAUUAUAUGAACCACUAACAUAGUGCAUGCACUCGCUGUGACUCAGCUCACAUGCCACCAAAGUCACCUAUCUAAAUAUGCUGUCAGACUUUUCACCUAGAAAAACUGUGUAAAUACAGCUGCAUUAUAAUCUUCAAUCCGAUAAGUAGUUCAUUUAUGCUAACUUAUGCUAACUUCCUGUGGCACAAAGCGCACAGGCUGAGUUCAGUUUUUCAUCGGAGAAUUCUUGAGGCAUAUCCUGGACCAAAAAACAAACUUGAGCAGGAGUUUCGUGAAAUAGAUCAGAGAUCACAGACUGACAGAGCCUCGUGGAAACGAGGCAUGAAACUUGUUUAUUAUUGUUGUCGGCGUCAUGAUGAAAAAAAAUUAAAAAACAAUAUCCAGAACUAUGCCUAAACCUAAGCCUAAACUAAACACCCCUUGGGCCUGUGACAUUUGUAUCGAUCAUUUGAUUCUGGGUUAGACAUCAUCAAAAAGUGUCUUUCUAAUUCUAAAUGUCAGACUGUUCCUUUAACUUUAAACGCGGGUAUAGCAGAUAUUUCUUUUAGACAGGGUUAACACUCUCCCAACCUGUCAUACUUGGAUCGUCCGCCAUAAUAAUCUAAAGAUCAGGAAGUGAACUUCUUUGCUAAAAAAAAAAACUCAUCAUAGAUUUAAAAAUGAAAUGAACUCUUUAUGUGAAUAUUCUGUUUAAGAAGUGAUUUCAGACCACGUGAGGAGACCUGAUGCCUUUUAAACUGGCUUAUCGUAACAAAAACGUGUCAAUUUUGAGAUGAGUCUUGUUUGUUUUUUUUCUUUGAGGCUAUACGACUGUUUAUUUUGUACCAGGACUGUGUUGUUGUGGUUUUCUGUCAAAAUCUUUAGUUGAAUGUAAUUACUUUUUUUUUCUCUGUGUAUCUUAAGAGGCAAAAUCUGAGUCCAUGUUGAGAAAAUAUGUUUACCUGUGUCACUUAUCCUACACACGAGGCCUGGAGAUGUAAUCUGUGACGUUAUUUCUGAUGGCUCCACAGUGUUCACCUCUCUCACUCUCUUUCACACACACACACACACACACUAAAACCAGUGCCAGCCUGAUGUAUGGCACAAACAAGAAGCCAAACACAUUACCAUAAUCACCACUAUAAUGAGAAAACAAGGAAAGAGCAUUCCACAGCUCUGGUAAUUGUUCUACAACGAAUAAAAAAAAAAAAAAAAAAAAAAGAAAAGAAAAA